CUGAUUGGUCGAUGCAAAAUGGCCACAUGACACGAAUAUGAGAAGUUUCAUUUCCAAGCGCGUUUCGAGACGUUAGUCAAUUAUGGACAAAGUUACAUGUGAUGUCCACGGUGGGCUAUGUAUGCUAAAGACAGGCGUGAAAGAUGGCCCAAGCAAAGGCAAAAGCUUUUACGUGUGUGUGGACAAGCGUGGCUGUAACUUCAGCAGUGUGGCCAGGUCUGAUUGCAUCUCGGCCUCUCGCUGCCUCCAGCAUGAAGAUUCCAUCGUGGAGCUCCAGGCGUUGAUGUACAGCCAGCAGGAAGAGUGCGACAGGUUGUUCUACAGGUGCGUUGAGGGUAAAAAAGCCGGACAGCGAUGGUGUGGAAAUGUGCCCUGGGCUAUGCCGGAGAAGGAUGAGAAUAAGUGUAAAAAAUCGGCACAACCUUCCUGUCUGCCACCAGUGCGAAACCCCUUCAAGGCUCCGGAAAAACUGGGCCAAGAAUCACAGUGGAGGAGGAUGCAAAGAGAGAGUGAGAGCAAAGACAACAUGGAGACAAAAAGUAGAGCAGAAGAAGGUGAGGGGGAAGGUCGGCCAGUCACACCUGAAACAUAUAGAGGACAACAUCUUCCAGCAGGGAUGAAGCUGAAGAAGAAAUCUGUGGAUAAAACACAUCCACCAAGCAAAAGUGACAUGCCCACUUCUGGAGUUUCCAUGUCUGUGCCCAAAAGUGACAUGACCACCUCCAAAGGUUCUGUAACAGCAACAAACAUCUCUAUAUCUGUGCCCAAAAGUGACAUGGCCACCUCCAAAGGUUCUGUUGAAACAGCGAGUGUCUCCACUUGUAAACUUAAAAACAAAAUGGCCACCUCUGGAGUCUCUAUGUUCACGCAGAAAAGCGAUAAUGCUGCCUCUGGCGUUUCCUUGUGUAUGCCCAAAAGCAACAUGACCACCUCCAACGUCUCUCCGUCUGUGACCAAAAGCAACACAAACACCUCCAUCGCUGCCACGGCUGUACCCAAAAGCGAAAUGCCCACCUCCGGUGUCUCCAUGUCUGCACCCAAAAAUGAAACGGUCUCCUUCAGAGGUCCAGCAGUAACCGAGCGGAGCUCUCCAUCUGUACCCAAUACCAACAUGGCCACCUCCAAAGGUUCCAUUCCAAUGUCAGUUGCCUCCACGACUGUGCCCCAAAGUGAAAUGGUCGCCUUUGGAGGUUCCUCCACGCCAAGCAUCUCUUCGUCUCCGCCCAAAAGCGAAAUGGUUGCCUCCGGAGGGUCUGACAACAGUGCAGGGCAGUGGAGACCCCGUCAAAGCAAACACUGCCAAGAUGAUGAUGACGAAGACUUUGCGCUGGUGUCUGUCAAGCCCCCUCAAAAGCCCCACCGGACCCUCACCUCCACCGCCAUCCAGAAGCCUCUGACUUCCUACUCCGCCUUUCAGCCGGCCUCCCAUGUGAUGCACAAGAUGCUGUCCACUCAGCUCCAGCAGAAAAAGGCUACGCUGGCGGUGGUAAACGUGGCGGCGCUGCCAGACAAAGGUGAGCGUCUGAGGACUCAGGUCAGAGAGCUGGAGGCGGCUCUGGAGUCUCUCAACCUCACUCCCGCAGAUGACAAGCCACCCACCAGCCAGGUAGCGAACCCCUUCAGCCGCCCGGGGGGCACCAUCCUCAUUCCGGCCCCUCCCGCCCCAGGACCCCACCCGCAGCCAAAUCGGGGCUUCUCCCAGAUGCAUGGAGAGCACCAGGCCUUCUACGGCGGCCGCAUGACGGACAACCGUCUGCUGGCCGUGAAAAACGCCACGUGCAAGGCCAUCGAUCACCUGCACACGUCGCUGGAGUCCUGCCCGUCCGCCGACGCCGAGGCGCCAGACCCCAGGGGGCUCCGGGUGUCGCUGUUGGCUCACCAGAGGAGAGCGCUGGCCUGGCUGCUGUGGAGGGAAGCACAGAAUCCAUGCGGAGGCAUUUUGGCGGACGACAUGGGCCUGGGAAAAACGCUCACCAUGAUCGCGCUCAUACUGGCGCAGAAGAGCAAGGUGAAGGCGGAAGGGGAAGGGGAGGGCGAGGAGGAGGAGGAGGAGGAGGAGAAGAAGCAGGAGGAAGGCUGGCUGUCAAAAACCGAUUGCCGACCGAGGCCCUCCAAAGGCACCCUGGUCAUCUGCCCGGCCUCGCUGGUCCACCACUGGAAGAAGGAGAUUGAGCGACACGUGAAGGCAGGUCGCCUCAGCGUGUACUUGUACCACGGACCAGACCGCAACAAGAACGCCCGAGUGCUGGCUCAACACGACGUGGUGGUGACCACAUACGCUUUGGUGUCCAGGGAAGCGCCCGGCCAAAAGGAGGCGGACCAACCCAACAAGGAAGCCAAAGAUGCGCCAGCCGCAGCGGGCGGCGGCCCCCUCAUGCGCGUGGCGUGGGCCCGUGUGAUCCUGGACGAGGCGCACAACAUUAAGAACCCCAAGGUGCAGCAGUCCAUGGCCGUGUGCCAGCUGAGGGCGGCCGCCCGCUGGGCCGUGACCGGCACGCCCAUCCAGAACAACCUGCUGGACAUGUACUCGCUGCUCAAGUUUCUGCGCUGUGCUCCAUUUGAUGAGUAUAAACUAUGGAAGGCGCAAGUGAACAAUGGCUCCAAGCGAGGCAGGGAACGACUCAACAUCCUGACCAGGACUUUGUUGCUGCGACGAACCAAAAACCAGCAGGAUUCUUCAGGAAAACCGCUGGUGGCACUUCCUGACCGGACCUGUAAGGUGCAUCAACUUAAACUGUCUGAGGACGAGCAAGCGGUCUAUGACGUGGUCUUUGCCCAGUCCAGAUCUACUCUGCAGAACUACCUGAAGAGACACGAAGGGAACGACGUAAAGGGAGGGAGCGCCUCUGCUUCCAAUCCCUUUGACAAGGUGUCCCAGGAGUUGGUCUUGUCCCAGUCUGACCUGCCCGUGGCUUCAUCCCAACAACCACAGCGGGCUGCCAGCACCGCCCACAUCUUGUCGCUGCUGCUGCGUCUGCGACAGUGCUGCUGCCACCUAUCACUGCUUAAAAAGACUCUGGACUCAUCGGAGCUGCAAGGCGAUGAUGUGGUCUUGACCCUGGAGGAGCAGCUCAACGCUCUGUCGCUCACAUCCGCGUCCUCGCCGUCAGAUGGUGGCGAGGACAUGGUGGGCCUGAAUGGGACACGUUUCCCUUCGCGGCUGUUUGACGAGAGCAGCAGGAGCAGCAAGAUUUCUGCCAUUGUGUUAGAGCUGGAGGCCAUCCGAGCGAGCGGUGACAACCAGAAAAGUGUGAUCAUGUCCCAGUGGACCAGCAUGCUGUGCAUCAUGGCCGUCCACCUGAAGCAGAUGGGCCUCCGCUACGGCGUCAUCGACGGAACUGUCAACCCUAAACGCCGCAUGGACCUGGUGGAGGAAUUCAACACCAACCCCAAGGGACCGCAGGUGAUGCUUGUGUCUCUCUGUGCCGGCGGCGUUGGCCUCAAUCUCAUCGGCGGCAAUCACCUCUUCCUCAUGGACAUGCACUGGAAUCCAGCCUUAGAGGACCAAGCCUGUGACCGAAUCUACCGCGUGGGACAGAGGAGAGAUGUCACCAUCCAUCGGUUCGAGUGUGAGGGCACAGUGGAGCAGAAGAUCGCCACGCUGCACGCCAAGAAGAAGGAGCUGGCCCAGAGCGUGCUCUCGGGAACUGGCAACGCCGUCGCCAAGCUAUCCCUGGCAGACCUCAAGAUCAUUUUUGGCGUUUGAACAUUGAUGUGUGUUUAAAUUCAUGAGGUUCAAAAAUGAAUAGAGCCAAGGUUCACGUCCAAGCACCCCAAUUUGUGUUGAUUGAAUUUGGUUUUGUUUGUUUUGCCCGCAAAAAUGUAACAUUAUGAGCAAGCUUCUCUUCGUGAAGUUGGGUGGGGUCGAGGGUAAAAGAGUAACAAGUCACUGCUGCAUUUUUUUUGGCCAACAAUAGAAUGGGACAAAUAGGCGAUUGUUUUCAUUUUGCAGUUGUGCAUUUGCUAGGAGUAUGGAGGAGACUACGCCCACCAACCCAACUGACUCUGGGCUCCUGACUAGGUUGUCCCACUUCAAGGCACCUUAGUGCUUGCAGUACAACUUUCUACAUAAUUAGCCCUCAUUAAAAUUUUAUUUAUUUACAU